UGUGCCGUCUGCAGUUGUUUCGGGAGAUGAUGAAGAGAGCUGUGAGCCUGGUUUUCCCCCUGGGCUUUCGCCGGCCUGCAUUCCCUGCAGCCCCGAGUCGCUCACACAGUUGUGCACAGGACGUGCUCCGCAGGACUCCUCUCUAUGACUUCCAUCUAUCCCAUGGUGGGAGAAUGGUGGCAUUUGCAGGCUGGAGUCUCCCUGUGCAGUACAAGGACAGCCACGUGGAUUCGCACCUGCACACACGCCGGCACUGCUCGCUCUUUGAUGUGUCCCACAUGCUGCAGACCAAGAUACUUGGCUGUGACCGAGUGAAGCUGAUGGAGAGUCUAGUGGUUGGAGACAUCGCAGAGCUAAGGCCAAACCAGGGAACACUGUCGCUGUUUACCAAUGAAGCUGGAGGCAUCUUGGAUGACUUGAUUGUGACCAAUACUUCUGAGGGAUACCUGUAUGUGGUGUCCAAUGCUGGCUGCUGGGACAAGGACUUGGCCCUCAUGCAGGACAAGGUCAGGGAGCUUCAGAACAAGGGGAGUGAUGUGGGCCUAGAGGUGGUGAAUAAUGCUUUGCUAGCCCUGCAAGGCCCCACUGCAGCCCAGGUGCUACAGACUGGUGUGGUAGAGGACCUGAGGAAACUACCCUUCAUGACCAGUGCUGUGAUGGAAGUGUUUGGCGUAUCUGGCUGUCGAGUAACCCGCUGUGGCUAUACAGGAGAGGAUGGUAUGGAGAUUUCAGUGCCGGUAGCUGGGGCAGUCCAUGUAGCAAUGGCUCUGCUGCAAAACCCAGAAGUGAAACUGGCAGGGCUGGCAGCCCGGGACAGUCUCCGUCUAGAAGCCGGCCUCUGUUUAUAUGGAAACGACAUUGAUGAACAUACCACACCUGUGGAGGGCAGCCUCAGUUGGACAUUGGGGAAGCGCCGCCGAGCUACUAUGGACUUCCCAGGAGCCACAGUCAUUGUUCCUCAGCUGAAGGGCAAGGUGGAACGGAAGCGUGUGGGGUUGAUAUGUGAGGGGGCCCCAAUGCGGGCUCACAGUCCCAUCCUAUGCACAGAAGGCACUGUGAUUGGUGCUGUGACCAGCGGCUGUCCAUCACCCUCCCUGAAAAAGAAUGUGGCGAUGGGUUAUGUACCCUCCAAGUACAGUCGACCAGGGACACAGCUGCUGGUGGAGGUGCGGCGGAAGCAGCAGAUGGCUGUCGUCAGCAAAAUGCCCUUUGUGCCCACCAACUACUACACUCUCAAAUGAAGACGGACAGAGCAGAGUUCCCCCUGCCUCUCCAAGGAGUCUUGCCUUCCGGCAUAUUCUAUAGAGCUUAGUCAAUACAAUGCAGAAUUAUCUGAGGGGCAAGCAGCCCAGGAUAGCUUGGCCUUCCCCCAACAGAGGUCCCUCUAACUUUAGGACCAUGUUUCUGAUUUACAGACUAGGUCACUCACUCACUGCCCCAUUUUUGUCCAAUUUCCCUGACCAUUCUCUGCCAGGUGCUGGUAUAGAUCAAAUGCUCACCUUUGUGAGUGGGGAACAUCUGACCAACCUACCUCAUUGUGGUUUUUCACCUUUCAAAGGUGCGCAGUGUAGCCUUAGUCAUCUCUUCUACUCUGUUUUCCAUGAAUGCAAACUUUGGCCUCUUCCCAGGGACUGGGAAAUGAUUCCUGACUCACCACAGUAUUGACUCAAGUUGUUCCUGUAUGUCAACAGGGAUGGCUGAGAAAAUGUAGUCUCACUCUUCUCCUUUCCCCUGCUGGCCUAGCCUGCUGCCCAGCAGCAAAUCAUGACAUGCUCACCACACAGGCUGACUUUUGCCCCUGGGGGACUGGACAUUACUGUCGUCUGAAAAAAAUUAAACAAGGUUCCUUUCUUCUUACUUUG